AAUAAUGAUUUCUGUAACUAUUUCUAAAAUAUCCCCAAAGAGAAGGAGUUAAUAAAUAACAACAACAACAAAAAUCCGCUAUUCUCGUGCUGUGCUUUUUGACCCAUCUGAGCUCCCGUACUGCUGAAGCGGUGUUGGCUGAUGUGUCAAAAUGGCAGAGCUAACAACACUAGAGAGCCUGCUGGAGAUGGGCUUCGACAGAAACAGAGCGGAAAAGGCAGUGGCCUACACAGGGAACCAGGGGAUAGAACAAGCCAUGGACUGGUUAAUGGAACAUGAAAAUGACCCUGACAUCAAUGAGCCCUAUGUGCCGCCUGUGGAAGACGUUCUGGGGGGACCAGCAGGCAGCGAGUCCAGCACAGAACAGCCGACACUAGGCGACACAGCUGAAGAGGCAGCAGGUGAAGACAGCAGCUACAGUGAGAACAAAGAGAGUGCAAAGCGGCCACUGACAGAGGAGGAGAAACGUGAGCAAGUUAAGAGGUUAGAGGAGCUGAUGCGGAUGAAGCAGGCGGAGAGAAGAGAGCGAGAGCGGGCUGAAGAGGUGGAGAGAGAGAAGCAACGGAGGAAGCAGGGCCAAGAGCUGCAGCAGAUCCGCCAAAAACUGCAGGAUGACGAUAUGAAGAAGCUAGCUGAUCAGCGCAGGAGAGAGAAGAUGGAGGACAAACUGGCAAGGCAAAGAGUUAAAGAGAAGAUAGCACGAGACAGAGAGGAGAGAGCGCAAAAGUUUGGAGGUGGAGGACCCCCCAGCACAGCUGCAUCGUCCCAGCCUGCCCAGCCCAGCCCCUCAUCACCCACCAGUCAGGGUCCUCCACCCACUAAGAAGGAGUAUGAUGAGUCCAGGAUACAGGUACGUCUGCUGGACGGUUCAACCAUCACUACAGUCUUCAAGGCCCAAGAGCCUCUAGCAGCAGUGCGCGUCUACGUGCAGAUGAACGGCAACACACCAGAGGGUCAGGACUUCACACUGCUGUCGCCCUACCCCCGUCACGUCUACACUGAACUGGACAUGGAGAAGCCCCUGAAAGAGCUGGGUUUGGUGCCUUCAGCUGUGCUGGUUGUUGCCAAAAAGUGAGAUCAGGAGGAUCUGCUCUGUGAGCCUACCUCACCACUUCCACUGCAUCACCACCAGAGAUACCAGAAACAAACAGAUCCAGGAACAGAGCCACCGCUUUUCAGUAUCACUCAGUAAGCCAGCUAACUGAACUAAACCAGGCUGUGUUCAGACAAUGUGUAACAGCUCUUAAAAUGAAGGUAUGAACAAGUUAGAAGGAAAAUGGUUUGUAUAUUCAAGACCAUCUGAAUGCCCCUGGUCAUUCUGGGCUUAUUUCACGGGCUGUACACUGGUGCGUGCGAUGAGCUUGACAGUGACUUUCACCGAUCAAGAACAAAGUGAAGGUAGCUGGCUUCUAACUGAUACUGCUUCAAGGAGCACCGCUCAUGGUUUCAGCAACACAUUUCACAAAAAUGAUACAGAACAAAAUCGUUGCAGUUUUAACCUGAUCCUUACAUAGCAAGCACGAGACCUUCUCGAUUGGUUCUGAAAGGGCCUUAAAUUUAAUCCCCACGAUCUUCCUGAUUUUGUGACAUUCUACUUUGCCAGUUUUUUUUUUAUAAGUUAAAAUAUAUUGAUAGUUAUGUCUACAUAAUCACCAAGAAUCUACUUACAAUAAAGUUGAAUUGGAGAA